AUGGUCUUGUCCUGGAUGGUAAUGAUAAGUCUUGGAAUUCAGGUAGAUACAGAUUUCAUCAUAGCUGAUGAGCUGUUGCUGCGACUGGCAGGUGGGCCAAACCGCUGUGCGGGCAACGUGGAAAUCUUCUACUUUGGAGGCUGGAUGAAAGUGUGCGGUCACCUGUGGGACAUGCGAGACGCUGAAGUUGCGUGCAGGCAGCUUGGCUGCGGCCAGCCUCUGGGCGUGACGGGCUAUUUCCGCUCACCCGACUGGUCCCCCUACGUGAUGUCCGCGGUGGAUUGCCAGGGCUCCGAAGAGUAUUUGUGGGCCUGUCCCUACGAGCACACCUCUUCGUGCUCCGACCGCGAUGCUUCUGUCGUGUGCUCCGACUCAGGACUGACGGCGCCUCCGACAACAGGUAGCCUCAGCUCGACUUCCCUGAUGCCGCCGACCUCAGGGUUUUUCUCCUGCGGUGGCUUGCUCUGGGAUUCGUCUGGCUCAUUUCAGAGCCCCAACUAUCCUAGUGCCUAUCCCAAUAACGCGCACUGCGUGUGGCGCAUACGGUCGUGGCAGGCGAACUACAGAGUGAACCUGAUCUUCUUGGAUGUCGAGCUGGAAGGCAGCUCCUGCCAGUAUGACGCCAUCGAGGUGUACGACAGCAGGCUGCCUGGGGGCCCUCUCCUUGGGACAGUUUGCAGUAACAACCAUCACGAAUUCCUGUCGUCUGGAAAUGAACUGGCCGUCCUGUUUCGCAGCGAUGGCAGUGUCACCCGGAAAGGUUUUAGGGCCUCCUACUACUCAAUUCCCCCUAACACCACUCCAGACUCGGGACUGACGUCAUCUCCACCAGCAGGUAGCCUCAGCUCGACUUCCCUGAUGCCGCCGACCUCAGGGUUUUUCUCCUGCGGUGGCUUGCUCUGGGAUUCGUCUGGCUCAUUUCAGAGCCCCAACUAUCCUAGUGCCUAUCCCAAUAACGCGCACUGCGUGUGGCGCAUACGGUCGUGGCAGGCGAACUACAGAGUGAACCUGAUCUUCUUGGAUGUCGAGCUGGAAGGCAGCUCCUGCCAGUAUGACGCCAUCGAGGUGUACGACGGCAGGCUGCCUGGAGGCCCUCUCCUUGGGACAGUUUGCAGUAACAACCAUCACGAAUUCCUGUCGUCUGGAAAUGAACUGGCCGUCCUGUUUCGCAGCGAUGGCAGUGUCACCCGGAAAGGUUUUAGGGCCUUCUACAACUCAAGUCUCCCUAACACCACUCCAGCAAGUUAUUCUUGCGGUGGCUUGCUUUCAUAUUCAUCUGGGACAUUACAGAGUCCAUUUUACCCUGGAAAUUAUCCAGAUAAUGCUGACUGUGUUUGGGAAAUACAAGUACUGAGCAACUUCCGCGUCACACUCACAUUUAGAGAUAUUCAGAUGCAAGGCGGCAGAUGCCUAUCUGACUAUGUGGAAAUCUAUGAUGGGCCACUCCGUACCUCUCCUCUCCUUGGGAAAAUCUGUUCUGGGUCUUUUCGCACAUACACUUCUUCCUCAAACCUAAUGACAGUCCACUUUCACAGUAACUCUCGAUACACAUACAGAGGGUUUCAAGCUGACUACUACUCCAUUCCAGCAGAUCAGAGCACUACACUUCUGUGUUUGCCAGACUACAUGCACACAGUUGUGAGCAGAGCCUUUCUUCAGUCAGAGGGCUACUCGACUUCGAAUCUCACCUUGAAUGAUUCGUACUGCAAACCCACCAUCACCUCCCAGUAUGUUAUAUUCAACAUACCAUACAAUAGCUGUGGCACGGUGAGAAAGGGAAACAACAAUACAAUCAUCUAUUCCAACCUUAUUAGAGGAUUUUCUUCUGGUUCUGUAAUCACAAGACAUAAAAGGCUUCACUUGCAUGUCAACUGCAAAAUGCUCCAGAACACAUGGACGCAAAAAAUGUAUGUUGCUGAGGAUAAUUUUGAAGUCAAUGAAACUCAGUACAGCAGAUACGACGUGAACCUUACGUUUUAUCACACAGCAUCUUUCUCACGGCCAGUGUAUGACUCGCCAUACUAUGUUGAUAUCAACCAGGAUUUGUUUCUUGAAGCUCGCCUGCACAGCUCUGAUUCAGAUUUGAUGUUGUUUGUGGACACCUGUGUGGCAUCUCCUGAUCCCUAUGAUUUUACAGCAGGGACUUACGAUUUAAUCAGAAAUGGAUGUGUUAAAGAUUCUACUUACACUAAAUAUUAUUCACCAAACACGCAUGUGGCCCGGUUUAAAUUCAGUGCCUUCCAGUUUGUUCAUAACUAUCCAUCUGUUUAUCUGCGGUGUGAAUUUGUGGUGUGCAGGGUCUAUGACUAUUCUUCCAGAUGCUACCAAGGUUGUAUUACUAGGUCCAAGAAAGAGGCAAACUCUGCCCAAGAAAGAGUGAAUGUUGUUGCUGGCCCAAUUCAGCUUCGGGAAGCUGGUGCUGAGAAUAGGAAUGCUGAACUGGACUCUUUUGGCAUCCAGGAGGGCAUGAAUUCAGCUCCUGCUCCAGCUGAUUUUUCUCAUACACCAUUUAUUAUUGCUGUCAUGGCCCUGACAGUUGCUGUUUUUAUUCUUGUUGGGUUUCUUUUGAAACAUAAACCGAAAAAGCCAAUUCCAUACCAGGUAAUGUGA